UUUUUCAAUGUUAUGUGUGCGUGCAUUUGUGUUGUCCGGUGUUUGAAGACGCUUUGGAAUUCGCUUUCAAUUUCUUCGUAGGAAAAAUGUCGGGUGAUACCGAUAAAGCGAAAAUCAGUGACAAUCAGGAUGAGGAUAAGAAGUCUGGCGCUGGUGACGGGCAGACAACAGAAGACGAGUCAUCACAGGACUCGAAGGGUGAGUCUGUGCCUCCAGAGGCACCGGCCCAAGGUAACACCGAUGUAGAUCAACCGAGUAACGUCGAACCACCCAAUUUAGAAGGUGACGCGAAAUCCACCACGGCCAACGGUAAGGAUGACGUAGCUGAUGACGCCAAGGAUGAGAAGAGGGAUGCAAAAGCAGACAGUGACUCCAAAAAGGAAGAGAACGGCGAGACACACGAUGAAGACGAAAAGGAUGACGUAAAAGCAAAUGACAAAGGCGCCAAGAAGCCCGCUCCCAAGAAAAAACCUAAGAAAGAGGACACUGAAGAAGAAGAUGAGGAGGAGGAGGAUGAAGAGGAAGAGGAGGAGGAGGGAGACGAAGGCGAAGAUGAAGUGAAGCCCAAAGAGAAAGCCAAGAAGCCAGCCAAGAAGGCUAAGGAUGACGACGAGGAGGGCGACGAAGAGGAAGGAGACGAGGAGGGCGAGGAAGAGGAGGAGGAGGAAGAAGAAGAGGAGGAGGCUCCCAAGCCCAAGCCCAAGAAGGAGCCAACAGAGCCUCCGGUGCCGCUGCCAGCCGGCAAGGGCAUCCCGCUCGGCCACAUUAGCAACGUCGAGGUGUCCCUGUCGCGCUUCAAGACCCAGGACCAGAAGAUACUGCACCAGUAUCUAUACGGCCAACUGUGCCUGGAUCGCAACGUCAAGCGGAACAUCAAGAAGUUUAAGGGCUACGAGUGGGCGAUCGGCUCCAGCGACUAUAAGGCCAAGCUGGAGGAGACGGCCAAGAUGGAGAUGAAGCAGCUGAGGACUAUGUGCGAGAUGCUGGAUCUGGAUAAGAGAGGUGGCGCGUCAGAACUAGCGGCGCGUCUCGUAGGCUUCCUGCAGCAGCCGGCGGCGAACUCGCCGCACGCCCGCGGCCAGGCCCGCGCCGCGCCCGCCGCCGCCGCCGCCACCGCCGGCGGCCGCCCGCGCCGCUCCGCCGCCGUCAAGGUGCACAACCGCGGCUACUCCGAUGAAGAGUACGAAUCGGACCCAGAGACUAAAGUGAAAGGACCAAAGCCACCCAAGGACGGCUCAGAGGAUUCCGAUAGUGAAUUGCGCGAUGGUUCGUUCAACCCGAGCGGGUCUGAAGAGGCCGAUUCUGACUUUGACCCGGAGGCGGGCGAGGGUCCGGCGGCCGGCGGGCGCAAGCGCAAGUCCGGCGGCCGGCGUCGCUCCGGCGGCAAGCCCGGCAAGAGAGGCCGCAAGCCUAAGGGCAAGAAGGGCAAGGCGGGCAAACCCGGCCGCGGCAGGCGAGCCAAAUCAGACAGCGAAGAGGAAAGUGAGAAGUCCGAGAGUGAGAGCGAGAACGAGUCUUGCAGCGAAGGCGAAGAGUCCGACGAGCCCAAGUCCAAGCGCGGACGGCCGCCGGCGGUGGCGUCUAAAGGCCGCAAGGGGCCCGUGGCUAAGGCUGGCAACGCCAAAUCGACGCCGGUCAAGAGAAAACCACCCACGCCACCUGGCAAAAAGAAGGCAGCAGGCAAGCCGGCGGGCCGGCCGGCCAAGAAGGGCAAGAAGGCGUCCUCAGACGAAGAGUCCGGCGAAGGCAGCGAGGACGAAGACGAUGAGGAGGGCAGCGAGGAGGACGACGGCAGCGACGAGUCCGACGCGCCCGCCGACAAGAAGCCCAAGCGGCCGCCCACUGACGAUGAGAUCAAGAAGUACGUGAAGCAGAUCCUGGAGGGCGCAAACCUGGAGCAGAUCACCAUGAAGACGGUGUGCAAGCAGGUCUACAGCCACUACCCGGACUUCGACCUCGCGCACAAGAAGGACUUCAUCAAGGCCACAGUCAAGUCGUGUAUUUAAGAUGUUAAGUGUUAAGGGCGGAGUGUAGAUGUCUACAUAGUAUACCUAUAGUUUAUAAAAAGGACAUAGUUAUAUAUUAUUACAAUAAUAAUAUAUUAUGAAAAUAAAAUAAAACUGCAAUGAAGUGGAUUGGAUAGACGCCCGCUUUUCUUUACAAGCUUAUAUCAUCGUGAGCAGUGACCACUCGGCCGCAAAACAUAUAAUAGUAAAGUAAGCCACAUCACUUAAAACCUAGAAUAUUUCCCGCGCGCGCAGUACAAUGCAAACUUAUUUAAUCACUCUGUUCGGCGCGGUUGGACAUGGCCUCUAUGUCUAUGGACGGAAGAGCUAUAUUUCUACGGUUUUGAUGGUCAAAAAGUUCACAUUUUGCAGUUAUUAUUAUAAUAUAAGUAAUCUUGGAUGUCAAUAAGUGUCUAUAUCGUAAUAUUAAUGUGUAAAUCGAUUUGUAAAAGUAGAUUAUCACAAACCAUUUUACUAGAUGUCUCACACUUUUCACUGAUUGAUCAUCAAAACUUCCCCUUUUUCCUUGUAUUUAAGGACUAUGAUGGUAAUUAUUGUGGCGCAACGCGAAACACCAUGAAAUGUUCCUUGACAAAUACCACAGUAGUCAGUGGUGUUGUCAGUAUUUUUCCGUGGUGACGCUAAGUUUUAUACAUUAUGUUUAGACUCCGGUCAAAAUUGCAUCAGUAAAAUUACUUAGUGCAGCUAUGAUGAAAACACUGCAUUUGACACUUCACUUUUGACUCGAGUCGUAACUUUCAAAUUUAAUUUUAGUAAAAAUCAUACAUGAAAGUUUUACUGAGUCUAAAGAAAGUAAGUCUAAAUAUAGUCUAUAAAUAUUAGCGUAUUUCGUGUUGCGGACAACUUAUGUUAAUAUUACCUGUUAUUUUAUUGUUUACGGACGAUUCAUUCGCCGGUGAGUGGCAUAAGAAUUGCAGAAAAAAGAGCUUUCAUUGAAGUUCUAUAAAAUGACGUGUAGCUAUAAGAGUGCUAUAAUAUAUUUUGGGUAUAUGAAGCUAAGGAAAAUAAGGCAUGUAGUUUUAUAGAGAACUAGAAUCUAUUUUUUAUAUUUAACCGCGUCUAACUGCGUCGAACAUUGGCCCGAGUCCUCACAUUUAUAUUACAGGACAGCCGCGGCGCGGGACUAUGUAAUUUUAUGUUGUAGAAAUAAUUCCCACUAGCGUAAGGAUAAUAAACAGUAAACAGUCUAGUGUGUGUAAGGAAGUUUUGUUUUCAGUGCCUAUUGGACUAUUGAGUGACGAAUCACUAUUAUUUUAUAACUUUGACAUUCGUUUUGUGACGUGGCUCGCGCGCGUGUUCGCAUACAGAUCAUAAAAUUGAUUUUAUUUUUAAUAUCGACGAAAUGGAAUAACGUGUCGGGACCAUGUUUAGUUGAUAACGCGCGAGCCCUGCUAGUGCCGCCAUGAUGCGGGCGCGAACUUUGUAAUACAAUUACUGCAGUGCGAGCAAACGAAUCGUAUAGAGACGUACCAAUAAAUCUCAGCGAUUUUUAUAGACAGGUAUUGAACAUAGUGUAUGUAUAAAAAUAUGCUCUCUAUAUCGAUGCGUGAGCUCAGCAUUUAUUUUAUUCUACGUGUACUGAUCAGUCAUAAUAUUGUUGAUUUUUAAGACAUUGUACAAAUUCCAGGAAAAUAAAUUUCUCAUUAACGGAAUCGGCUAUUUCACUUUGUUUUGGUAUUGUUGUUGAAUUAUUUAAAAAAGGGGGCAUUUGAAGUUAUUUUUAUUGGGCUAAGUUGUCUGUCUCGCAGUCUGGCACUAUCGCAAAAACUAUUCAAUUAAGAAUCGGUUAAGUGUAUUUUUUAAGAUGUGUAAAUAAUACACAGGAUUCGCAAUGUUGUUCUUCGGAAAUAUAAAAUUGUGCUUUAUAUUUUUUUUAUAACUAAAGUAAGGAAUAUGUAUUAACGUCUAGGCGCAGUUGGAUUUCUCUGUUUUUCUAUUUUUUGAGACGAUUUUUAAUAUGUAUUUGUUUUACAUAAGUACAGCAUAGUAGGUGAUCGCACUGAUGGAAGCAAGUCAUUUUUGUUAGUCGUGUGUGGGGGUGGACAAUAUCGUUUGCAGCGGCAUGCACUGCUCAACCAAGUAGUCAUGCCAUGUGUUCUAAUAAUGAUAAGUCCAAAUUGUAAAUUUUAACUCCAUUCGUAGUAUACUUUCCGACCUUAGACUAUAUUCAAACAGCGUAGGAUCGUUUAGAUUAUUUCUUUCCGUAGACAUGUACACCGACCGGUCGCUAGCGACGCAAAGUAUUCUAUGUCAGUGCAAUAAGAAUCAUUUUUGUAAUCCACGUGUCCUCGAACCAUAUCAAUAUUUUCGUCGUCUAGCUUACUCAUUGAAAGAAAGAAUGAUUUAUCAUUGGUUUUGUUACAAUAGCCUGGUAGGUGUCGUAUCAGUCGCUUCUAAUUUAGGUGCUUCACAGCAUUUGGUUUCUUGUGGCCGACGAGUCGCGAAGUCCGUGGGCGAACAGUUAGGCUAGGGGCGGGGGCGCGAGGCGACGUCGGCACGGCAACAUCAACCCUCCUGUGCUAGCCACAGAGCGGUUGUUCGUUGAGCUUGUUCAUUUCCCUUUCCCCGCGACCUCUCAUCGCGCCCCAACCGGUAAUUGUAAGCUAGAUUUAAUCAAUAUUAAAUGUGUAUUUGUGAAUUUUUAACCUUAUUUCGGUUGAUGUUUCUUUAUAUGUGUAAAUGGCUGAAGAUCAGUAGUGGCG